AGUGACAGCCACUGGUUGAUGAUUUUCUGUGACUUUCCCUUCACCCACGCAACAGAUAACCUCCCACACAGGAUUGUUUUUCUUGUACAAUGCUGUUAAAAAGUGCGUAGAAGCAUAUUCAAAGAAGGAAUAGGUCGUCUCCUUGCGAUUUUUCCACAAAUUAAAAAACAGCCACUUUACCGAACACGCCUCCACUGUACGCAAGGGUUUCAUCUAGAGACUAGAAUGGCGUGCAUAUCACAGUUAAAAGCCAACGAAAGAUAACUCAACAAUCCAACACCGACGUACUCUUUUUUGGAUAUUUUUGGGUGAUCUCCAGAAUUUGGUAUAAAGUCUAUUAUCGGCACAUACCGGCACAAUAAGGCAGGAGUGAGAAGCUCUUUUUUGUAGAGUUUGAGUUUCAUCUUUGCAUGCACUGGUAGGGAGUUGAGGGCAGAUUUGAGUAGUUUUUUUGCAGCCAUGGAGAGUCGAGGGUUACUUCUGGUGGGAAUCGUAGUGUUGGGAUUUGCUGGGUUUGCAGCAUCCUUGCCGACUGGAGACACAAUCCGGGAAGUGACCGACGAUGCACUUUCCAAUGGCUCCGUGGAGCAGUUUGCGCAUGCUCUAAUUGGAGCCGAGAAGCGGUUCGAGAGCUUCAUGAAGGAUUUCGGAAAGGUGUACCAUAGCGUGGAGGAGUAUGAGCACCGCUUCGGGGUCUUCAAGAGCAAUUUGUUGAAGGCGUUAAAGCACCAGGCGCUCGACCCAACUGCGAGCCAUGGCGUGACGAUGUUCUCGGACUUGACGGAGGAGGAGUUCACGAGCAAGUACCUCGGUUUGAAGCGGCCGUCUGUUCUUUCCUCUGCUCCACAGGCGCCGCCUCUACCCACCGAGGACCUGCCGCCCAAUUUCGACUGGAGAGAGAAGGGCGCCGUUGGUCCCGUUAAGGAUCAGGGGGGUUGCGGUUCUUGCUGGGCUUUCAGCACCACGGGUGCAGUGGAAGGGGCUCACUUUUUGAAUUCUGGCAAGCUUGUGAGUUUGAGUGAGCAGCAGUUGGUGGAUUGUGAUCAUCAAUGUGAUCGCGAGGAAGCGGAUGCUUGCGAUGCUGGAUGCAACGGUGGCUUUAUGACAAACGCUUACCAAUACGUUGAAGCAGCCGGAGGUUUGGAACUUGAGUCUGAUUACCCUUACGAGGGUCGAGACGGAAAGUGUAAAUUUGAUUCAAACAAGGUUGCAGUGAAGGUUUCAAAUUUCACCAACAUUCCUGUUGAUGAAGAUCAGGUGGCUGCCUAUUUAAUCAAGAGCGGACCCCUUGCCAUUGGUAUCAACGCCGAGUUCAUGCAAACUUACAUUGCUGGAGUUUCAUGUCCAAUCUUCUGCAACAAGAGGAACCUCGACCACGGUGUCCUGUUGGUUGGUUAUGCUGAGCGUGGAUUCGCUCCGGCGCGUCUUGCCUACAAGCCUUAUUGGAUAAUCAAGAAUUCAUGGGGGCCAAAUUGGGGAGACAACGGCUACUAUAAGAUUUGCCGUGGUCACGGAGAGUGUGGUUUGAACACCAUGGUUUCUGCUGUGUCUGCCUCUGUUGAUGCGUAGAUUCCUUCCUCAGGUGUUAUAUAAGUCUUUGUUCCGUCUGAUGGAGCAUUCAUCUAAUGCCUUUUCUUGAAGAAAAAGUCGAAACUGAGAACUUGGCUUGCAACUGAGACACUUCCUGGUGUAUAGAUUGAGUGUGUUACAAGCUGGGAGUGAGGAAAGAAGCUGGAUCUGAGGCUUAAGAAUUUAUAUGCAGCUCCACAAUACCACUGUUCAGAGUGAUAGUGAUCAGUUGGUGUAUGCAACUCUGUUUGCAGUACAGAGAUAGUAUUUUAUCUCCAAAUUGUACAGUAAAAAAAGUGAUCUAUUAGUAGACCUUUGGAUCAUGCAGGUUUUUGAUGUGAAGUAUCCAAAAUUACUUAAGUAAUGAGAACAUGCGAUUAUGCAUAAACUGUCUUUGUUAA